AUGAGGAUGAAAUACCAUUCAUCGAUACCAUUAUCGGACUUCGUCGCAGAAGUCAACCGGAACGUGGAAAACGCGGAAUUUGCUGCUAUGACUGGUGAACAAUUCAAGCGCUUGAUUUUCGUAAGCGCUCUAGAAGAUGACGAUUGUGUUGCACUACGAACCCAUGUACUGAAGAAAAUGAAAGCCGAACCGGACACAACUCUGAUGGAUCUACUGGAAGAGUGCGACUACUCGGAAUUGCAGUCUCACAUUGAAAUGAUCGGCAAAGCCAAGGUACCACAGGUCCAUGCGAUUCAGAGGGAUGAGAACCCGCAAGUCAACGCGAUGCAGCGAGGGGAGAUGCGGAAAUCGUCCACUGAUCAGAAGCCCAAAACAGAUUUACUUUGUCAACUCGUCUAUGUGAAGGACUACCGAACAGUUGAUAAAACUGCCUGGAUUCCUGGAGUAAUUUGCAAGCAAAUUGGCGAUGUCACAUACGAAGUAAAAGUUGAUCCUGGAAUCUGGAUCCGGCACGCUGACCAGAUCAAACCACGUGCAUCUAUGGACUCAACAGCUGAAGCCACAAAUGAUAGUUCUGACACGAUUCCCUCAAAACCAGCAACAUCAGCGCGGGCACAACUGGAUCAGGGAGAAACCACCGCGACACCUUCAACUAUAUCUCGCCCCACUCGAACCCGACGUCCACCAAGUCGUCUCAUAGGCUUGCCUUCCACGAAUAUUCCCAUCGAGGCCACGAGAUUACGUCAGUUGGACAAGAAUGAGAAUUUUCAACCUUACCUUCUUGUUACUUACCAUCUUAGUGAUCCUCUCUGUUGGUGAAUGCGGCAAAUUCAAAGACGUUCUGAGAAAAAUCCUAGAAAAGAUAGGAGGUGCGAUCAAGAAGGUUCCGGACGUUGCCGCAAAGGUUCCGGAAGUCCUUAAACAUGUGCAGGAAGCGAAGGCAAUAAUUGGACAAAUCAAAGGAAAUUGAUUUUGUGCGU